UUUGGAGCUGCACGACUCGAUGACCUCAGAAGUUUGCUGGAAGAUGACAUCAAGAAAUAAUGACACUGAUUUGAUGCUGCACUGAAAAGCUUGAAAAACAGUCAACUUUCUAGAUGUAAUCUUCAACAACUUCACAUUAUUUCCAAAGAUGUCUGCUUCACUGGGGCUGCGUCUCCUCUACUGCUACUCUAAGCCAGCCACGCUGGGCUGCACCAGUGUACGUCCCUUUCGCGUCGGAGUGCAGCGCAGUGGUUUCAAAUAUGUUAAUGCUGUGGAGCAGGAGACAGACCUCAAGUCCAUCACUGACCGUGCUGCAACAACUCUCCUAUGGACCGAACUCUUCAGAGGAUUGGGUAUGACCUUGAGUUACCUGUUCCGUGAACCAGCCACCAUCAAUUAUCCUUUUGAGAAGGGCCCCCUGUCUCCUCGCUUUCGUGGGGAGCACGCCCUCCGUCGCUACCCCAGCGGAGAGGAACGCUGCAUCGCUUGCAAGCUCUGCGAGGCCAUCUGCCCAGCACAGGCCAUCACAAUUGAAGCCGAGACUCGAGCUGACGGCAGCAGGAGGACCACACGCUACGACAUUGAUAUGACCAAGUGCAUCUACUGUGGCUUCUGCCAGGAAGCCUGCCCUGUGGAUGCCAUUGUUGAGGGUCCAAACUUUGAGUUUUCAACGGAAACACACGAGGAGCUGUUGUACAACAAGGAGAAGCUUCUGAACAAUGGAGACAAAUGGGAGGCUGAAAUUGCAGCCAACAUUCAAGCAGACUACUUGUACAGGUAGACUGAUAGGGUGUAACUGCCUGGCCAAGCUCUCUUUAUAGAGUUCACCAUCAAAGACUGAUGAUUAGAUUUAUCUAGUGAAAGGCAUUAAGUCUUACAUCUGAUAUCUGCUUUAUAGCUAAACAGUCUGCACCCACCCACCCUUCCAGCUACAUAACUUAUUGUAUGUCUUACAAGCCAAUAAUUUCAGGCAGUAUUAUGCUUGUUUUGCCCGAUUCCAUGAAUAUCUGAAAAUAAAGUAGGUUUUGAAAGUUUGAAA